AUGAUGGAUUACAUUGAAUUGACACCAGCAGAAGGUAAACGUUACUGUUUGGUGAUGACAGACAUGUUUUUGAAGUGGACUGAAGCCACGCCCACCAAACAUGCAGACAGUGCUGGGGUGACAAAAAUGCUUUUGAAAGAUAUUAUUCCCCGAUGGGGAAUCCCAAACAAAAUUUCCAGUGACAAUGGAGCACACUUCACUGCCCAAGUGGUGAAAGAUGUGGGUAAAUUUUUGCAAAUCAAUUUGACUAAUCACUGCGCCUACCACCCACAAAGUGGAGGUGCAGUGGAAAAAGAGAAUGGCACCAUCAAGGCAAAACUAAGCAAAAUGUGUGAAGAAACAAAAUUGAAUUGGGUUCAGUGCUUACCACUGGUACUCAUGUACAUGAGAAUGAGGGUCAGAGACCGAACAAAAUUGUCCCCAUUUGAAAUACUUUUUGGUAGACCACCACAUAAGGAGUGGGAGCCACACACGGCGACAGGUGAUACCCUUCGAAAUGAAAAUUACAUGUUGCAGUAUUGUAUUUCUAUGUCUUCUAUCCUUCAAAAUAUCUCAAAACAGGUUAAAGCAGCACUACCACGCCCCGCAGAGGGACCUUUGCACAACAUCAAACCAGGAGAUUUCGUGUUGGUGAAAAACCUGAGGAGCAAAUCCUGGAAGGCGAGACGGUGGGAGGGGCCAUUUCAGGUUCUGCUGACGACCCACACCGCCGUUAAGGUCGCGGAGCGUGCCACCUGGGUGCACUCUGCCCAUUGCCGGAGGGUGGGUCCAGGACUGCAGGUAACCAAAGGGAGGACGACUAGUCGACUGCUAUGGACCACUUUUCCGCAUUGGAGGGAGCCACAGACCCCUGUAUCCUGCAAGUUUGUACGAAGAACGAUACGAGAGAACUGCAACAGCUCACAAGGUGUUGGAGGACGACUCCAGUAUUCUGGGUUUGGUUUGGACACACGCACACAACAUUUUUUAUGUGGGAAAGGUGCACGACGCAUGCACCUUAAUAACUGUAAUUACAUCACCAUCUUUGAGACCCCACAUUAA